CAACACAUCGGUAAUUGACAGUGCAUCGAGAGGGUGUGUCUUUUUAACUGAAAUGUACACUGGCGAGCCGUUUUAGCAUAUGAUUUACAUGUCAUUUACGUAUAAUUAAACAUUCGAGCCAUUAGCACGGCCGAGUCAGUGUGUGUAAGUGUUUACCAGUGUAGGAAGCUCUGGUUGAAACUUAUGUCCGUAAAUCAGUCGCCUAAAGGAUUAAGAUAGGUUUGUGUGGCGUUUUCAAUGCCCGGCCUCUGUUAUCGGGAGGAGACUUGUAGCAAGUCUCCAGUGAUCGCAAAGGGGGUGUCUAGUGAUGAAAACGAAUCGUGUCCGGAAUUUCUGCAUUCGAUUUGGAAUUAAUUCUAGUGGAUUCUGUCCUCGAGAACGUAAACCGACAAUCGAUCAUUGUUUAUAGAGAGGAUAGGAACCAGCUGUCUGGGACAAGACUCCAUCCCGCCACAGUGUUACCGGAGUAUUGAGGUCAUCUUUGGUUAUCCUUUCUGGACUUAAACAGCGUGUAUCUGUACUAGCAACAUGUUCUGUCGGGAGAGUAGCGGAAACCACACCCUCGGUGUGUUUAAAUUGUUAUCCUGUACACUUUGUUACAACUACAUCAUGAAAAUGGACGCCAAAUUCUACAAAAUACCAAUCCCGGGCCCUGAAGGAUUCGCAUUUGUGGCCGGGCCAGAGUCUGGACUCGAACAGGGAACCCCUGUCAUUGCCGACGCGAAAAAUGCAUCGUCCGUGAACAUCAUUUGUAGUACAAUGGACGAGGAAAAAUGUGAAUGGUGGAAAACAUGUUGUGACGCAGCAGAAAAGUGUUGUGAACAACAGCUCAAUAUGGGCUCUUCGUCACCAAAACCGGGAUAUUGUCCCCGAACGUGGGACGGAUUUGGAUGUUUUGAUGACACAAAAGCCGGAAGUCGGGCCUAUCUGGACUGUCCCGUGUAUGUAGAACACUCACUACCCUAUGCCCAGGCAUAUAAGGACUGUACCGAGAAUGGCACGUGGUUUUCUCUCACAAAUGCCAUGUCAGGACAGACAUUCGAGUGGACCAACUAUUCUACAUGUCUCGACAUUGAGGAUCAACAACAGCUGGUGUACGUUGGUUUAACUUGCAGCCUUAUCAGCAUCAUUUUACUAGUACCAUCCUGUAUAGUGUUUCUGGCAUUCCGCCAACUCCGGGUACAACAGAGGAUCCGUCUCCAUGUCUGUCUGUUUCUAUCCUUCACUGUGUCCGCCGUCCUUACAAUCCUAUGGGACUUCCUCGUCGUUUAUGAUCGAGUUGAAAAAGCUCAAAAUCGGGAAGAAAGCCUGAUGGUUCAAAAUACGGCCGGCUGUAAGCUAAUGUACGUCCUUCACCGAUACAUCCAGAUGUGUAACUAUUUUUGGAUGUUCUGUGAGGGCUUCUAUCUCCAUCGACUCAUCGUGCAUGCCUUCGAAGUACCAAAGACGCUCAUUGGAUAUUACAUAUUCGGCUGGGGUGGCUCGUGGGUCCCAAUAAUCAUCUACUCAAUCGUUCGUGCUGUGGACAAAGAAUUCGAUCAAACUAACUGUUGGGUUAAACACGCAGGCGGAUUGGAAUACGUCAUAUAUGUUCCUAUACUGGUGACUUUAGCGAUCAACAUAUUUUUCUUCGUCAACAUUUUACGGAUUUUGCUGACACAGUUACAGUCUCAUCCAAACGAGCCAAGUAAUUACAGGCGUGCGUUCCGGGCCACCUUUGUACUUGUGCCUCUCUUUGGUAUCCAGUCUAUCCUCGUAAUCUACAGACCUGAUACUUCUAGAUCAGCCAUGUUUGUGUACGAGGUCGCUAAAACUAUUGUCAUCAAUACUCAGGGCGGGAUAAUUUCUCUAAUCUUCUGUGUUUUCAAUGGGGAGGUCCACACUCACAUAAAGAAUCUGAUCAGAAAGCGCUGGCCAAGCUUCAUGAAUGGGGACACGAGAUUCACGAGCGUCACGUCCACAACACAGUACACAAACGUACAAACAUCAGUGCGGAGAAGCCCACGUCUUCAGGAAUCCCAGCAACAUCAGAGCUACAUCCCAUUGGACACUGUCGAUGACGCAAGUCGUGACGUCACAAAAACAAAUGGACAUGUGACUUUCAAGGAAACUAAUAAUACAGUGAAUUGAUUUACUUGA